CAACAACACUCUCUUUUCUACUAUAUCCUUCUCUUCUUCUCUCUCUAUAUCUCUCUCUCACACAAUUGCACAUUCACACACACAUAUACACGCUCACAUACAUACGCGCGCGCGCGCUUACAAUAUAAACUUUGCACACAUGCACAUACUUCGAACACUAACAAUAAACUUGUAUGAAACACCACAGCAUUGUUCGAACUAGUCACAGCCCAACAGUACUGUCGACAUUCCGACGUCAAAAUCCACAGCACAAGAACAAGAAUAGGAACAAGAACAACAACAACGACACUUUGUGAAAGAAGAGAGAAAGAGAGAAGAAGAAGAAGAAGAAGAAGAAGAAGAAGAAGAAGAGAACAAUUAGAAAACAAAAAAAAAUGUUUACCAAAUUUAUUCGAAACAAAAAAAUUAUUUUAAUUGGAUUAGCCACUUAUGUAUUCGCCGCACUUUACCUGUCUGAGAAAAUUUUUGUGAUCUUCAGAAGACCUUCAGUAGAGGUGAAAUCGUCGCUCGUUGUGUCAGAUGAAUCGACUCCGACUCCUAUCGAUAUAAAAGAGAACAUUCAGAGACUGUGCUCAAAAAAUUUCUCCCAUUACAAUGGCUACAGAAACAAUACUUAUUUAAAUUCGGCUGUCGUCAUACACAAGUACAAAUUUGUCAUCUGUCUCACCCCUAAAAGCGGUUGUUCGUUUUUUAAGCGUUUCUUGUAUUACAUUAGCAGUCAUAAAUCUAUUUCCAGCCCCUUUAUUUAUUCGUUAGGUGCUGCCCACGGUCUUCCAUUGAACACUACCAAAAUGUUAACGGAAAAACAACUGGAAAAAGUUCAGGGAGAAUAUAAAUUCGUUUUAUUUGUCCGCGAUCCUUACAAGCGUUUAUUCUCAAGUUACGUCGAUAAGGUUUUCUCGCGUUAUGACUAUUGGAGUGGAUUUAGUCGGAAACUAAUUAAGGAAAGUAGACCUUCAGCUCCAGACAAAUCAAAAAAAUGUGGCACUGACGCUACAUUAACGGACUUGAUACGUUAUCUUGUGUCUCAAAUAUCUGAAGGUAAAUCCAUGGAUAGUCAUUUUAUGCCGACGCACUUCAUAACUAAUCCGUGUUCAGUGAAAUAUGAUUUCAUAGGAAAGCUUGAAAAUUUCAAAACAGACGCAGCAACUAUUUUUAGUAAGCUUCAUGUAGAAUACCAAUCUAUCUUGGAUGAGAUUGAUAGUGGAACUAUCAAAGAUGAACUCGAGGACGUUGUCAAUAUAGUAUCUGGCUUAAAAAAUAAUAAAAAGCUUAACAAAAACCCAUGCUUUGAUAUACAUAACUUCACGCGGCGUAUGUGGCGCAAACUUCAAAUCAAAGGACUUAUCUGUUACAAAUUUAAUUUGACAAUAACAAAAGAAGAAUUACUGUCCCUUAACAAAACUCAGUUUCUUUCAAUUUUAACGAAAUACAGCAAUAAUUCUUUUAGUGAUCCAGAUUGUCAUAAAACACGGAAAUUUCCAUUUUUGGAAGCGUAUUAUUCAGUACCGAAGAAAGACUUGGAAGAUCUCGCAAAACUAUUCAGCAGUGAAUGUGAAUUAUGGGAUUAUCCGAUCAAACCGGACAUCAUAUUUGAUCCCGAUAAACGCAUCUCAACAGGCCCCUUUACGUAUUUUAACUUUGACGAUGUCUAAAUGAAUAUGUGAAUAUACAUACAUGUAUACAUACGUGUAUCUCCAUUUUUAAACCUAUCCUCACAAAUCUACAAACUAAUUAUAUAUGUACACGCACACACAUACAGACACACACACGUAUACACAUACGCGCGCACACACAUACGCGCACACACACAUGCACACAUACACACACCUCCACUCACAAAACUAUCUGAAAGAACACUUUUGAAAUAUCAAAAAUAAUACAACGUCUCCAUGACAGAACACCACCAGUGGACUCUGCAUUUAUACUUUAACACAUUUUUAAAGAAAUUAAUUCAUUUUAUUAAUUUAAAUACAUAAUCGAUUAAUUUCGGUAACUUAUUAAGACAGUUACUUAUUCAUGCAUUUAUAAAUAAUUCAUAUUGAACAAAUUCCCAAACUGAAAUAAAUGAUCACUUUUAUUUUCUAUAUGAAAACAAGUGGUACCUAGAAAACAUGAGUUGGUCAAGGAAAAGCAUUUCAGAUUUGAAUUCAAAUUACGAGAAAAAAAUUCCUGAUCAAUUUCAUUAGGUGUUCACUGUCCAAUCUAAUAAGUGAUUCGUAUCAAAGAAACCUGAAAAUGUUGGGGUAUUCCAAGACAGAACACAGCAACUGACUCUUAUCUUUUAAAUCCGAACAUUCUAAAAGAUCUACAUUUAAGGUUCUUAGAAUGAAUACAAAAAUAUACACCCUCCCACAUACAUAUAGACGCUCACAUGAUCGCAUAAGUGCAUAUGGCACACACGCACACACACAACACACACACACAUACACACACACGUAAUCUUACAAUAAUUCUGCUUGUCAUUGCGUUACUUAGACCUUCGGUAACGCUUUCACGUGAUUAGAGAAAAAAGAGGGAAAAAAAGGAGAGAGAAAAAGAGAGAGAAGGAAAAGAAAGAGAGAGAGAAGAGGAAGGGAGAAAAAGAGGGAGAGAGGAGUGUCCAUGACGAGGUAGAGGUGAUGUAAUUGUAAAGCUUUCACAUGAUUAGUUGAAAAGAAAGAGAGGAGGAAGAAAAAGGAGAGCAAAAAAGAGGAUAAGUUGAAAAGUGAGAGAGAGAGAGAGAAGCAUCCAUGACAUGAGGUAGGGGGAACGUAAUAUUUAUCACGUGGUUAAAAAUGUUAGUUGGAGGUAGAGGGGAAGAGUUAAAAAUAUAAUUUUAGCAGAGGGGACAUGUGCUGAUGGUGUAGUUAAAGAAAGGCAGAGAGAAAGAGAGAGAGAGAGAGUGAGAGAGAGAGAGAGAGAGGGGGAGAGAGAGGGAGUGAGAGAGGGGAAAGAAAGGAGGGAAAGAGAGGGUUGAUGAUGGUAGUAGUGGCGGUGGUGGAAAUGGAGGUGGUAACACUCGAGAUGGUGGUGGUGGUGGGGAUUUGAUAGUGAAAAGUGCAUUUUUGAAAUUGAACUAAGUUUUGUUUUUAUAUCACCCAUCCCUUAAUGCAUGCACAUAAGUGCA